CGGCACAGAGCAUUGUAUUGCACACCUCUAAAGCACGACUGUGAUUUAUAAAUAUAUAAAAAAGAUCCUCUGAGGAGGGCACUUUUAUGAUGGCAACUUCACUACUAGGGGUGAGUCUGAGGAUUUUCUUGUUGUUUUAAUGCGUAUUUUCUGGUCUAUUGGAGGGCUUAAAAUCACCCCAGUGAGGGCAGGGCGAUUAGUCUCCUGUUGAGUUCUGAAAGAAAACGAGUUGAAAAAAAGCAGAAAGAAAGGGGCCGAGCCACUUGUUCUGAGUGAACGUCAGGGUUUGAGGGCAUUUGUACUAAGUGCCGCUGGCGGGCAGGCAGGCAGCAGAACAGUUGUGCGACAGCGGCACAGCUCCCCUCAUCCACCCUCAGGAGCAGGGCGAAUCAGUACUGGAUGUUGAUUUCGCGUCCACCUGGGUUAAAACUCAAACAUCCAACCUUGUCUUCAGGAAGAACCGAGGUUGGGAUCGACUCCUUUGGCCAUGCUUGCCGCCACCUGCAACAAGAUCGGGAGCCCAAGCCCGUCCCCAUCCUCGCUUUCGGACUCUUCCUCGCCCUUCGCCAAGGGAUUCCACCCAUGGAAGAGAUCAUCCUCUAGCAGCUGCAACUUAGCAUCAAGCUUAGCAGGCUUCGGUGUCUCUGGCACAUCAAGAACCGUUUCCAGCGCAACUGGACUAGGUGACACAUUCUGCACUACCAGCCCAUCGGCCUCCAGUGCCUUCUCACUUACUUCAAGCCCGGCAACCAGCGCCUCAGCCUUUGCCAACGAAUAUUCAGUGUUCCAAGCUCCACAGCCGGUAUCAGCUGGUUGCGGGUCGCAGGAGGGUCCUCCUCAUCAACCCGUUUUCCUCUCCAAAGUGCACACAACUGUGGACGGGCUACAAGGCAUCUACCCGCGAGUGGGUAUGGCACAUCACCCUUACGAAUCAUGGUUCAAGCCAACGCAUCAAGCUGCAGCUGCAGGAGCUGAUGUUGGCCCUGCUGGAGCCUCAGCUUCCUGGUGGGACGUGAGCGCUGCAGGCUGGAUAGAUGUGCCGAAUGCUGGUGGACUGCAAGGUUCCUUGCAUUCUCCUCUUGGCGCUUACAACUCCGAUUACUCAACCCUCAGCCAUUCUGCCUUCAGUAGCGGCGCUUCAUCACACCUCCUGAGUGGGGGACAGCACAUUAUGGACAGUUUCAAACCCGUGCUGCCUGCUUCAUAUCCAGAUUCCUCACCUUCACCUCUGGCGGGAGCUGGGGGCUCUAUGCUUGCCGGUGGACCCACGCUAGCCGGUUCACCACGUUCUUCUUCAGCCCGCCGGUACUCAGGCCGGGCUACCUGCGACUGCCCCAAUUGUCAAGAGGCAGAGCGUCUGGGACCAGCUGGGGCCAGUCUGCGGAGAAAGGGACUGCACAGCUGCCAUAUCCCCGGCUGCGGCAAGGUUUAUGGGAAAACUUCACAUCUGAAAGCUCACCUUCGAUGGCAUACGGGUGAACGACCCUUCGUCUGCAACUGGCUGUUCUGUGGCAAGAGGUUCACCCGAUCGGACGAACUACAGAGGCAUUUGCGCACCCAUACUGGUGAGAAGCGAUUCGCUUGCCCCGUCUGUAAUAAGCGCUUCAUGCGCAGUGACCAUCUAAGUAAACAUGUAAAGACACAUAGUGCUGGUGGUGGUGGCCCUCUAGGCACAGGGAGUGGUGUGGGUGGCAAGAAGGGCAGCGACAGUGACAGUGAGCACAGCGGGCCUGGAAGUCCUCACUGUCAUUCUCCGCCAGAGAUGCUGGUCCCACCGCCCCCCGAGCCUGGGGCACCUCUUAAUGGUCACGCAACACUGGAGUGAGUAGGAAAUCUUGUCGCUGUAGAAAGGAUCUUCCCCGUGUCCUGGGCCUGGACAUUAUUGACACUGGAAUUUUGUAAAGUAAAACAACAUGGACAAAAUAGUAGGCCUAUAAUUUUUUUCUGACAUUUUGCCCACUCAGCAGGUACGCAUCAAUAAAAUCAAAUUAAUUCCAUAUUUUCAAGGUCAAAAGUGUGGAGAAAAACAGCCACCCGCCUGCUGAGAUACGGCAGAGUUACCAGAAAGCGUCAAAUGACUGCGUAACUGUAAAUAUAUAUAUAUAUAUAUAUAUAUAUAUAUAUAUAUAUAUAUAUAUAUAUAUAUAUAUAUACACACACGACUGGAAAUGUGGAACGAUGAAAGAAAAAACAAGGAAAACAACUUUUUCAGUUUUAAACUUUGAACUUUCAGACUUAAAAGGCAUCCGGAAAGCGACUGUCUUAUUUUUUUCAGCGCUACGGACGUCAUACUGCAGGUAAAGCCCUCUAUUCCAAGUUUCCACAUCAAUGCUUUGCAAAAAACUGGUACCUGCACAGUCAUCUAUGUAAAAGUCUUCUAUCAGUACUUCCUGAUCAACCAGUCUUAUUUUGCCAAUGACUUUAACUCUAUGGGGCUGUUAGACUUUAGACAAGUACUACUGCUUUCUCAAUGCUUAAAGACAUUCAACAGUAGAGAUGCGUCACUGUUAGAUUAAUACUGAGAGGUUAUCCUCGUUUAAUUUAUUCAGAGUAGGGUGUACAAAAUAAUUGUUGGAAAUUAUGAAAUGAACGAGAUUACAGUUAUUUGUCCCGUUUUAUUGUCCUAUUAUGUUUCUAUGAAAGAACCACAGGUUGGCUUAUUGGUUAACUUGAUUUAAUGUCCGUGAAAAUCGGAAUUUGUUUUACUGUUUUGCUAAUUUUAUGGUACAGUGAAAACUUGUUCAUACUAGUCGACGUAAGAGAUGUCUUCAAUUAAAUAAUGAAAAUCUUCUGCUUAUUAUACAUCUGAUUAUGCAUUGAAAUCGAAUAACGAACCUUAAUAAUUAUAACAAUUCAGUUAUGAAAAAAUCUGAUUUGCAUACCUAACAUAAUGCAGUAUAUUUUCUUUUCUACUUGCUGAUGCAAAUGCCCAUAUAUAGCCUGUUGAUAAAUUCACUUUAUAUGGUUAGCUUACUGUAAAAUUCAGCAAUACUUAAGCGCAGGCAUAUUGAUUGUACUUAUAUUGUUUAUUCGCAGACAGGAGAAUUUUGUCCUAUGCACAAAGCUGUGCUAAAACAUAAAACAGGUAUAUCCUCAAAUAUCGGAACAACAGAGUUAUUAACUGAUAAUGUCACUGGCACUGGCGGACAAAGUAUGGUGCACAGUCCAGGAUUUUGCUCUGCAUGGUGUUUUUUUUCCUUCUGUAAAUUACUUUCAGCAAUUAUUUGAAAUAUAUAAAUAUGUAUGUAUAUGAGCAUAUUUGAGGGUCUUUGUUAUGGAGGAAUUUUAGAACUGGUUGCAAAAUAUCUAUUGCAAUAUUCUGUCUUGAGGUGUUUACACACGAUGCACUUUGAGAAGUUGCAUUUUUCCUUUUUGUGAUUAGCUGGUUAAUAUGUUGGGAUUCGUUUUUGGAUGGUUCCAUGCGGAUCAUAUACUCCGCAUUUGCGAGCAACUCUGAAAUGGUUUAAGUGAAUGCAAAUCGUUCACGGUCAAAGCCCAAAUGUAAGUAAAAUAAAAAUUGUAAAAAGGCAAUACGAUGUCUUCAGUAAUAGUGUGUGUUGCUAGGGUUUUGGGUUUGGAGAAAUGUCAGAAUUCUUGAUACUGGAAUUGCAUUUUAGCUUCUUUGGGUUUGCUUAUUGAAAACGGACGUUUUGAUUUUAAUAAAGAUGUUUCAGUAUAUAA